CAGUAUACAAUGUCAAGUGUCGACAAGAAGCUAUUCAAGACAGAGUUCGCAGUCGAAAUGACCUGCCAGUCAUGCGUAAAUGACAUUACCAAGGUGCUCCAGAAGAUUCCAGAUAUCAAGGAAUUCGAUGUGAGUCUAGAGAACCAACGUGUUACUGUUCAAGGUAGUGCCCCUCCUUCCCAGAUAUCCCGAGCAUUGAAAGAUACUGGCCGUACAGUUAUUGUACGAGGUCAAGGUGUUGCUAAUGGACAGGGACAUUCGGGUGCGGCUGUUUGUAUCUUUGAUACCUUUGGAGACAAUCCUUUGAAUCCAGUACCCCAAGAUACACAGGGGUUGGCUAGAUUUGUUCAAAUUGAUCAAGACACAUGCUUGAUUGACCUGACAGUCGAAGGAUUGAAGCCCGGACUUCAUGGUGUUCAUAUCCACGAGUGCGGUGACAUAUCACAGGGCUGGAUGUCUGUUGGAGACCACUUUAAUCCCACAAAUGUAGAUCACGGUGACUUCGAAUCUGGCCAUGUUGGUGACCUGGGAAAUAUCGAGGUCGACGAGAAUGGCUGGGGAGACUUGGUGAUCGAGAGUAAGCGAGUGAAGGUCUGGGACAUCAUUGGCAGAAGUAUGGUCAUUACAGAAAACCGAGAUGACCUUGGAAAGGGUGAAAGUACUUCUUCUUCUUCAUCAACAACAAAGUGGGAUGGAAAUAGUGGUCCUGGUCUGCUGUGUGGUAUAAUUGCCCGUAGUGCAGGUGCAUUUGAAAAUGUUAAAAAGGUUUGCGCAUGUUCAGGAAAGACAUUGUGGGAG